AUGCAGGAGAGCGCCGCUUCAGUUCAUAAAGUCUCCAUCCCCUCGGUGUCUGCGAAACCUGCAAGAAUCAACUGGGAAACUGGGAUUGAGUGCCUGAUUCGGGCUUGGUUUUCUUCCUGCUCGUCUCUGAACUUUUCGGUCUUGCGCUUGCGCCUAUCGAUUGGCUUACACAUUCGUGGUCGCGAUCUGCACAGUUCUUUGCCGAUUGUCGACUACUCCCGGCUUAAAGACCGAGGAAAUUUCCCCGGCUUUAUUGGCACGUCUCACAAUCUCCCCGACUUCAUUCCUCUCCUCAGUGUUUCAAGGAUCGUGACAUUCUCACACCUCUUAUUCUUCAUCGCGCGUUUCGGUAACCUUUGA